CAACAGUAACUGACCCGCAACUCUCUCGGCCUUUAAAUGCCCACUACCCUCCCACCUUCUCACACUACAACGUCUCUCCCACUCUCCAAUUUCUGAAAAACCAGAGGGAAGAGAAACCCGACUAAUUUCUCAGAGAAAAACCAACCCUCCAUGGCCAAGAAGAAGAAGGGCGGCGGCGGCGGCGACAAUAACGCCGGCAACACCGCCAGCAACGACGGGGGUGAGAAGAAGAAGGGCGACGGAGGUGAGAAGAAGGAGGAAACCCCCAUCACUGUAAUCCUGAAGAUUGACAUGCACUGUGAGGGCUGCGCUACCAAGAUUGUCAAACGCGUCAAAGGUUUUGCAGGGGUGGAGACAGUGAAGUCAGAGAGCCAGGCGAACAAGCUGACGGUGGUCGGGAAAGUGGACCCCACCACGCUCCGGGACAAGCUCGCCGCCAAGACCAAUAAGAAGGUCGACCUCGUCUCCCCCCAGCCCAAAAAGGACAACAAAGACGACGGCGGCGACGCCAAGAAAAAGCCGCCGGAGAAAUCCAACGACGACAAAAAAACCAAAGAGCCUCCGGUGACGACCGCGGUUCUGAAGCUGAACCUCCACUGCCAGGGAUGCAUCCAGAAGAUCCACAAGACCGUCACCAAGACGAAAGGGUUCACCGAGAUGAGCAUCGACAAGGAGAAGGAGCUGCUGACGGUGAAGGGCUCGAUGGACAUGAAGGUUCUGGCCGAGAGCUUGAAGGAGAAGCUGAAGAGGUCCGUCGACAUUGUCCCGCCGAAGAAAGAGAAGGAGAAGGGCGAAAAUAACGGCGGAGGCGGAGGUGGCGGCGGGGAUAAGAAGAAAAAGGAAGGGGAGGAGGGAAAGGAGGGUGGGAAACUUGAGGGGAACAGGAUGGAUUUUCCUCCGGGUCCGACCGGGUACGGGCAGCAGAUUCCAUACGUGAUGCCAUACGGGCCUGGAUACGGAGCACCCGGAUACCCGAUUCCGCCCCCACCGAUGUACAUUGGCAACCCGCCGGAGAUGUUCAGCGAUGAGAACCCUAAUGCCUGCUCAAUUAUGUGAAGAAAUUGCUGAAUUAAGAAGGGAUUAGAGUUAAUAAGAAGUUGAUAUGAAGAAGACCAAGAGAAGAAAAAACAAGAACUGUAAAUAAGAGAAUAGACAGGGGUAGAUGUGAGAUAAAUUUUGGUGGGGCGGGUUCGUCUCUGAACCGGUUUGGUUAGUAGAAAUUAGAAUAUGCUGUUUUUGGAUUCCCUUCUGAUGUUAGUUUUGGAACACUACGAUUUGUUUUUGUUGUUAAUCCUACGGUUGUGAUCUGGUUUAAUGAUGCUAUUGUUGGUUACAAUUUCAAGUUUCUACU